ACCAUAAAAAUUUACUAUAUUUCUCGAGGUAAUAUAUCGAGUUUUCAGUUCUCUGUAUAUCUAUCUUCCUUCUCCUUUUUUAUUUUUUAUUUUAUUUGUACGUUGUACUAAUUUUAAGUGGACUGUGUAACACGCGUGCUCAGUCUCAGGAGCCCUUACGGCCAUAACGGUGAUAAGAGCCUUUUGUCAGCCCUAAUUUACUUAUUCACAAUCACAACGUUCGUCUCAAACAAUCGAGGUUUUACUUCCUUUGAAAUUUUCAGGUGAAGGGUUGGUUUACUGAAUGGCUUCUGUGUCCAGUCAGCCACAGUUCCGUUACACUCAGCCACCAUCGAAAGUUCUUCAUUUGAGGAACUUGCCGUGGGAGUGCACAGAGGAAGAACUGAUUGAACUGGGAAAGCCAUUUGGUAAAGUUGUGAACACAAAGUGCAAUGUUGGAGCAAACCGUAAUCAAGCUUUUAUUGAAUUUGCGGAUUUAAAUCAAGCUAUUGCGAUGAUAUCAUAUUAUGCCUCAUCUUCAGAACCUGCUCAAGUAAGGGGGAAAACUGUUUACCUACAGUACUCCAAUAGGCAAGAAAUAGUCAACAACAAAACUGCUGCGGAUGUUGCUGGAAAUGUACUGUUGGUAACAAUUGAAGGUGAUGAUGCCCGCCUUGUCAGCAUAGAUGUUUUACACCUGGUAUUUUCAGCUUUUGGGUUUGUGCACAAGAUAACUACUUUUGAGAAGACAGCAGGAUUCCAGGCAUUGGUGCAAUUUUCAGAUGCAGAAACUGCCACUUCUGCAAAAACUGCACUGGAUUCAAGAAGCAUCCCCAGGUAUCUUCUACCUGACCAUGUGGGACCGUGUACUCUCAGGAUAACAUAUUCUGGACACACAGAUUUGAGUGUGAAAUUUCAGAGCCACCGAAGCAGGGACUACACUAAUCCUUACCUGCCUGUUGCUCCAUCAGCCAUAGAUGGAAGUGGUCAGAUUAGUGUGGGCUUGGAUGGGAAAAAGCUAGAACCUGAGAGUAAUGUGCUUCUUGCAUCUAUCGAAAACAUGCAGUAUGCUGUCACCUUGGACGUUUUACACAUGGUCUUUUCUGCUUUUGGGCCCGUUCAAAAGAUUGCCAUGUUUGAUAAGAACGGAGGGGUUCAGGCUUUGAUUCAGUAUCCAGAUGUUCAGACAGCUGUAGUUGCCAAGGAAGCCUUGGAAGGGCAUUGCAUUUACGAUGGAGGGUUUUGCAAGCUUCACAUCUCAUAUUCACGCCAUACUGAUCUCAGCAUAAAGAUCAACAAUGAUCGGAGCAGAGACUAUACAAUCCCAAACAUUCCAAUUGUGAACUCACAACCCUCAAUCCUAGGGCAACAGCCAGUUCAGAUGAUGUCUCCUGCAGUGCCUCAGUAUAAUGGAGCUCAGUUUGCUCCAACCGAUCAGGCUGUGAUGCCUCAACCUUCUGCAGGGUGGGGACCGACGGUUCCAGCAGUUCCUCAGUCUGUUCCCCUUCAGAUGCAUAAUCAACCUUACAUGCCACCUGGAACUUUACCUCUACCUUCUCAAAUGGGCCCUGGCAUGAUGCAGAGUGGUGCACCGCCUGCAACUUUGCCUCCAUAUCACCGUGGUCAUGUGCAAUAACGUAUCCUCUUGUAUUGAAUUUUGGAAUUCGCUGUCUUAGUUGUCAUCUCACCGUUCAAUGGAACACGCCUCUGCAUAUACAAGGAGCAUUUGAAUGAGGGAACUGCUCAUAUGUGAAAGCAGCAGCCCCUUUUCAUUUUCUUGAAAUUUUGAUAGUGAGAUUCUGUAAAAUUAAUAGUCUUCUAAUACUGGAUUUAGUCCCAUGACUCUGUUACUUACUCUCGGUCACUUAUGGCACUUUGAAAUAAUAUAACUUAUUAGUUUUAA